GGUGGUGCUAUAGCGCACAAGGCGCUAACCCUGCGCAAUCUACACUAUAACUGCAUGCAUAUUCUCCGACCGAUUGUUAUGGAUAAAUGUGGAGGAAGAGGUGAGCGCGCGGUGAUCUUUUCGACUGAAGUAGAUCAGUGAUGCUCCGCUGGAGGUUCUGAAGUCUGUGCGCGCUGCGAAGGAUCAGUUUUGGAGUCACCGGCAGUGCGCUUCAGCUGGACACACGAUCUGGAGGACUGGUCGCAUCGUUUUCUUAAAGUUUGCUGCUUUUUGCAUGUAUUUUUAACAGUGGAAUCUCUUCUUUUUAAGUGCACUUGGAGUUGUUUGCAUUGUGCUUUCGUCUUUCUUUAAUAUGGGGGAAAGCGUGCGCAUCGGACACAUAUGUUUUCGCUCCGUGGAAGUUUAGCCGCGCGCCCGCUCUCCUAAAAGCUCAAUCUUUGCAUUUUAAUCAUUACACUUCAACUGAACUCUGCAGGAGGCUUAAACACACCAGUGAGAGAUGGCCACCGAGCGGAAACCACGGCUUUGUGUCAUGACAAAAGCGCAGAACGGGUAUGGAUUUCACUUGCAUGGCGAGAAAGGGAAGAGCGGACAAUUCAUCCGUAAGGUGGAGACCGGCUCCCCUGCAGAAGCGGUGGGGCUGCGCGCCGGGGACCGUGUGGUUGCAGUGAAUGGGGUCAACGUGGAGAAAGAGACACACCACCAGGUGGUACAGCGGAUCAAAGCCGUGGACAACGAGACCAGGUUGCUGGUGGUGGAUAAUGAGACACACGAAAGUCUGCGCAGCCUCCGCCUCACAGCCACAGAGGAGAUGGCCGUCCUCGUGGCCGAGCAUCCUUCCUCCUCCUCCUCCCCCCCAGCCUCCCCCUCACCAACCCCGUCGUCGGUCCCGUCCUCCCCCAGCAAGAAGCGGGAGAACGGCUCGGUGUCCAAGCAGCCGGUCACACUGAGCAGCCAGGUGCAGAAGCCCACCAGGAGGUCACCGUCGAAGGCUGCGAAGAAGGAGGCUCUUGCCCAGGCUGAAGCCCAGGCGCAGCAGGCCCAAUCCCAGUCACGGCCCCCAGUCGACCCGUCCGAGGUCGCUCCACGUCUGUGCCACCUGAUGCGCUCUGACACGGGCUACGGCUUCAACCUCCACAGUGACCGAUCCAGGCCCGGACAGUACAUCCGCUCCCUGGACCGAGGAUCCCCUGCAGACCACGCCGGGCUCCGGCCACAAGACAGGCUGAUAGAGGUAAAUGGUGUGAACAUCGAGGGUAUGCGGCAUGCAGAGGUGGUGGCCUUCAUAAAGAAAGGGGGAGAUGAGACCUGGCUGUUGGUGGUGGACUCAGAAACCGACGAACACUUCAAGAGGAGAGGGAUUGUCCCCGCGGUCAGCCAUCUCAGAGACUAUGAUGGUCCGUCCAUAUCCAACGGCUCCCCUAACCCUCAGAUCAACGGCAGCUCCACCACGCAGUCCUUCAGGUCCACUCACUCCGACCUCAGCAGCCAGGGCAACAGCACGCAGCUGGCGGAUGAUGAUGGCGGCCUGCUGAUGGACCCGUUCGCUGAGAUGGGCCUGAGUUUGAGCGCUACGGCAGCGGAAGAAAAGUUAAAGGUCCAUUCCAAAGAAAAGAAGAAAGCGCCGCAGAUGGACUGGAUGAAGAAAUAUGAGCUGUUCAGCAACUUCUGAGACUUCCCGUUCCCAAGGACACUACAAACACCAGAGAUCACUAGAGAGCUCUCUGCAGGCCUCUGCGAGGAUGAGGAAGAACCAAUACCCCCCAUACAACAGAAGCUAUUUUGUUCCUGGAAUUAAAUGUGACAAAAGGAAUAAGUUGUACUAUGGAUUUAACAUUUGACAGCUUCUUUUCCCUUUUCAAAGUACAACAUGAAGAAAGUGCUUUCUGACUGCAAAAACUGUGAAUAAUUUGCUGAAAUCACACUGUUCAGAAGAAAGAGCAUCUUUAAUAGCAUCAUGUACUUGUGUCGGAUCGGAGCCUUACAAAUUUACCUAAAUCCUUUUUUCCUCUACUUUAACCCUCUUAUUCUCCCUACUUAAGAGACUUGUUUAAAACAAAUGAGGGAGACAGUUAUUUUUAUAUUUUAAAAGUAUAAACAACUAUAAAAAAAAAAAAAACAGUAUCCCAUCAUCAUGGACUGCAUUGUAAGAGUUUUACGGACACUGUGACAAUAAUGAUUGUGGACAUUGUGGGAGUUUUGACCCAUCAGUGAGAGGAAUCCCAAAGUUGGCAGAAGAUCACUGUGAAAGAGUUGAGACCCUCCACCUCCAGCCCACGCAGAUGUUGGAUAAUAAUCACCCACGAAGAAAAGGAUGGCUGUGUGCACUGGUUGUGUUCUGAUGUCUCCUACAUGUGUUUGUAUUUCUACAUAGAGUUCAUUAACUGAUCAUCAGAUCAGCCCUGCUUUAUUCAAAGAAUAAUUCAUGUUGCUUGUUAUUUAGCACUCCGUCUUAGUAAUGUAUCACCACUAACCUCUUUUCUGAAAGUGCUCCAGUGUACAUGUGCAUAAGGGAUGCACCACUAACAAUACAUGUAUUGAUAAAGUGAACAAUGGAAACUGGAACGUAGAAGAAAGGAACGUUUUCUCAGGACGCGAUGAAAGAAUUUAUCGUUGGAGGAGGCUUGAUGUGAACAGCAGAGGGCAAACUUGCACCACAAAUAGAGGAUCCGUUUGACACUUAAACUAAACAGAGUGGAAGUUUAUCCUGGCUGUUUUUUCGGGUUGUGUCUGACAACUUCUUAGUUAGGAGCAGUAACCAAGAAACAGUCCGCCACAAAAUUGCAAAGUAAAAAAAACUUUUUGUACGGAUUAAUCAAACGAGAUACAGCAUGUUAGUUAGUGAGCUUUAGAGGUGCCAGGCUAGUUUCCCCUUGUGUCUAGUCUUUAUGCUAAGCUAAGCUAACCAGCUGCUACUUAUUUACCUUACAUUAACUGGCUACUUGCAGUAGCUUCAUACGUACCACACAGUCAAUCUUCUCAUCUAACUUACCAACAAAAUAAGAGUAUUUCCCAAAAAUGUCGUACCAUUCCUUCAACUGAAUACGGGCCAGGAAAGAAAGCAGCAAGCAGUAUGUUGGAGUGAAAAGAUGUGAUCAACAUGAGUGAGAGCAGGUUGUUGGGCGGAGGGAGUGUAGGAGAGGCUACACAGUGAGGUCAGAGAUGCUCUGGAGGAUCUACUGAAAGACUGUGGGAGCCAGGGAGCUUACUGAGGAUUACUACACACACAGGGACAGCUGUCGUACACAUAUUUGGAGCACAAUGUGUGUGUGUGUGUGUGUGUGAAGAAGGUAUAAAUGCCGUAAUCCAGUGUUGAUAGAAUACAUUACAACAAGAGGGCCUGCAAGUUGGAGAGUCAUACAUGUGGACGUCUUGUCUUUGUUUUGUGCCCAGCCGGUGUCUUGAUUCAUCUCUGUACAUCACUCUGUUUGUUCUGACAGUCACAACAAAAAAUACUCUGUUACCAUGGCUGAUGUAUAUACAGUUUAAGUAUACAGUAUAUAUGGCAGAUUGCAUUUUUUCAAUAAAGUGUGACAAUGGCCUUUUUGUAUAGCCCAAGCUCGUACUUUGUUUUGAACCUCUUUGUGCGUCUGUAACUAUCUCAUCCGCUCACAUUCCUCAGUUUUAUUGGCCUCUUUUAUUGGUUGGGCUACUACAAUAUCUCCCAUUUGCUCCCGUUUCCUCUCUUUCUCUCCCUCUCAACCAUCGCUCCCUCCGUCUCUCUUGCUGAGGAUUAUGCCAGCGUACAAUUUCAGUUUCAGCCUGUUCUCAGACAAUUCACCACCAGCCAGCUGCUGAGAGCUUUCAGGCCACACAAAAGUUAAACGGAAGUCAAGUGUAUUGAACGUGUAUUGAACGUGUGUGUGUGCGUGUGUGUGUGUGUGUCUGUAUUGUCUUCUUUAUCCGGUCUGUGUGUAUUUAGUCUUAGAAAGAAAUUGGUGGAAGACAAAUACUCUAUUAAAAGUAAAAGUCCUUCAUUUAAAAUGCAAAACAGUUUGAACAUUUUGUCAGCAACAUGUACUUAAAAUUGGGCAAAAUAUGUGAAUGUGAUGGAGCUAGUUCUACUGUAUGUCAAGUAAAAGUGUGAGUGUAAAAAUGUCCACUUUUGGGUCAGUUAACUUGUACAAAGAAACAAUACUACAUUUCAUGAUGUUGAUCAAAAUCAGCAAAGUGAUCCCUGAUGUUAAAAUCAAAAUCCAUUUAUACAGACGACAGCCUAGUAAAUACAACUGAUUAUGAAUACAAUAAAUAAAGUCUAUGGAUAAGCGCAACAGGUGCUACGAUAAUUAUUAGAGUACAUCAAUCAAAUAGCCUGCCACUUCUUAUAAAUACGAUAAAAUGUGGAACAUGCAAACCAAAAAACACUCCUCACACAAUGAUCUGAAAGAUCCACAUUCCCACAGAAAACAAAUAAAGAUUUAUCUGGAUUUGCCUCUUUCAUUGCCAUCUAUAGUGUGUAUAUGUGUGUGUAUUUAGUGUGAAUGAGAAAUUGAGGACAAGACUGAGUGAGAAUGCAUAAUGUCAACUGACAUGACCCAACAAUGGGCCAGCACAAUAUGUCAGUAAGGAAGAAACAUAUGUUCUGUCCACUAGCUGGCGCACCUCCAGCAUUUAAUAUAAGGAAGUCAAACACUGGUAGCGUGAGGCCGUGGGUACGUCCAGUGCCAUACCUGAUCUUUGUUGAAAUGCAACGCCACACGUGGGCACAUUAUCAAGCUCCCUGGAGGUUAUGGCAAGGCCAAGUAGUGAUGCUAGCACAUGAAAGGACAGGCCCAGUUCAAAGCCGUCUGCAAUUUCAGAGCAGUAAAAGCAGGAGAAC